CAUGCACACUCUGACCUGAUAUUUCCUCUCUGCACACUGUCUGUCCCCACCGCAGCACCAGUGCAAUGCUAAAACUGCAACACUAGCACGCUAAAUUUCCCUUUUUCACAACCCUUCAGUGGGGAGACCUGCCGUAUUUCCUCUCUUUUUCUUUUUUCUUUCUUUUCCUGAGCCAGCUGUAGCGCGUUUUCGGACAUGCCUAACAUCGUGCUUUUUAGCGGGAGCUCCCACCACGACCUGUCCCAGAAAGUGGCAGAUCGGCUGGGACUGGAGCUGGGGAAAGUCAUAACGAAGAAAUUCAGCAACCAGGAGACAUGUGUGGAAAUUGGGGAGAGUGUACGUGGCGAGGAUGUCUACAUCGUGCAGAGCGGCUGCGGCGAAAUCAAUGACAACCUCAUGGAGCUGUUGAUCAUGAUAAACGCAUGCAAGAUUGCCUCAUCGUCCAGGGUUACCGCAGUCAUUCCCUGCUUUCCCUAUGCACGCCAGGACAAAAAGGACAAGAGUCGAGCCCCAAUAUCGGCCAAGCUGGUGGCAAAUAUGCUGUCUGUGGCCGGAGCGGACCACAUUAUCACCAUGGACCUCCACGCAUCACAGAUCCAGGGCUUUUUUGACAUUGCUGUAGACAACCUUUACGCCGAGCCUGCCGUACUACAGUGGAUACGAGAAAAUAUUCCUGAGUGGAAGAAUUGUAUUAUCGUUUCUCCAGAUGCAGGAGGAGCAAAACGAGUGACGUCCAUCGCAGACCGUCUCAAUGUGGACUUUGCCCUCAUCCAUAAGGAAAGGAAGAAGGCCAACGAGGUGGACAGAAUGGUGCUAGUCGGGGACGUUAAAGACCGUGUGGCCAUUCUGGUGGACGACAUGGCCGACACCUGCGGCACCAUCUGCCACGCUGCAGACAAGCUGAUUGAUGCUGGAGCAGUUAAAGUCUACGCCAUCCUCACACAUGGUAUUUUCUCCGGUCCGGCCAUCUCUCGCAUCAACAGCGCCCCAUUCGAGGCUGUGGUGGUGACCAACACCAUCCCACAGGAGGAGAAGAUGAAGGCGUGCCCCAAAAUACAGGUCAUUGACAUCUCAAUGAUCCUGGCCGAGGCGAUCAGGAGAACCCACAACGGCGAGUCCGUGUCCUACCUCUUCAGCCACGUUCCUUUGUAAAGACCUGGAGCCUUUUCUUGUUCUCUUCUCCUCUUCGAGCCUCUCUGCGGUACUUCUCCUGCCACGUAUUCUCCAGAAAGGCUCAGAAACAAAACAAACAGCAAAAUAUUGGCCUGAUGGUUUUCAGCCAACCACAUGUGACUGUUUAAAGGUUGCGCCCUCACGAUCGCCGUCUCUGAGGAGACGAAAUCUCACUUCAUCUGGAGACCCGUUUGUAUUUAUGAGUUCCUUUUUCUUCUUCUCUUGUUUCACUUCAUACAGCCGAGUUCUGGCCUUCACUUUAACCAAAGGGUCUAUGAUGUAACAUUUAAUUUUUGUACCUCACUUAAAUGAAUCAUUCCUCCAAGUUAUGUAAUUAGAAUAUUUUGGCUUUUUCUGCUUACGAAAAAAAUAAAUAUGUGAUAAUGUAGCACCUUUCCUCCCAAGGUGUUUGCCUUAAUAGCUGCUAAAAUAAUGAAAACAAAAGCUUAACUUGCUAACGCUCUGAUUGUAAUGUUUUGGCUGCCUACAGUAAAAUUUUAAUCUCUGUAGGGUAAUUUCUCCCCAAACAUGCUGCUCUUUCCUGCCCUUCUAUAUAAUUCAAUGAGCUAUCGACAGGUCUGUUUAGAAAUAAGUGUCUCAUACGAGGUUUUUUGGGUGCUUUACCCGUGUUUCAAAAAGGUCAUUAAAAAGGAGAGCCCAAGCUUGAUAGUAGUGUUAUUUCAAGAUUUCAACAGAGUUGUAAAAAAGAAACCUCAUCACAGCUGGAAUGGGUCACUUUAGUUCAGACGAGGCUUCACUGUUUGCCUGUUGGUGGAUUUGAAAAUAAAAAAAGAUGGAUGGAAAAAGGCGUGAUUUAAUUUUUUUAUAUGUAACAAAGCUGUUUUGUUGACAAUAAAGCAUUGACAAUGGCUUAAAAAAA